AUAAAAGCAUGUUUAAAAUGUGGUGGUGGUUAUGGCUUGAUUAGAUGUUAUGGAAUAUCUCGAGACCCCGUUUCCAAAAACUAUAUCAUUGUAUUAUAUUACGCACAUAAAGGAAAUCUUAGAUCUUAUUUGGAUCAACAUUAUGGUGAACUCAGUUGGAUUCAAAAACUUAAAAUUUUAAAACAAGUUGCCAUAGGACUUAAACAAAUUCAUCAAGCUGGGUUUGUUCAUCGGGAUUUCCAUAGUGGAAAUAUUUUACUGAGUGAAGAUGCUGAGAUUGCUGAUUUGGGUUUCUCCGGACCUGCUGAAAAACAAUUUUUAGUUAACAGAAAAGUAAUUUAUGGCGUUCUUCCUUAUAUUGCACCGGAAAUUUUACGUGGUGAUCAAUAUACCCCUAAAGCUGAUGUAUAUAGUUUUGGAAUUAUAAUGUAUGAUGUAUUAUCCUGCAUACCUCCCUUUGAUGAUCGUUCGCAUGACGCUUAUCUUGCACUUGAUGUUUGUCUUGGUUUACGACCGGCAAUCGAAAAAGAUUCUCCUAAACCUUUUGUAAACUUGAUGAGAUGUUGCUGGGAUGCAAACCCAAAAAAUCGGCCUAAGGCUGAAAAAUUGGUCAAAGUAUUAGAUGAUUGGUAUUGGAAUCUUUAUGACAAAGUAGAGACGCCUGAAAGUUUAGCAUUCAUAGCCUCCGAUAAUAACAUGCCGCCACCAGGUAGUCAGGCUUCUAGUAGAUCCUCAUCACCGGGCAGGGAUAAGGAAUUUUUGCGAGAUUAA